CCGACCACGGUAAUUGCUUCAUUCUACUGCUGCAGCUAUCUCUCUGCUAAGGUCGGGACCCCGGGGAGUGGGAUAAGCGCAACUCCGACGCAACACGACACCAAGGCGUGAACACGUCUUUGGGAAUCACUUUCAGCCACAUCAGAAGCCACGACGGUCGAUGGGAGUCCUCGGCUCGCUCUUCUAUAUGCUUUCCACUGCCGCUCCCUCUUUGAAGAGGAUUACCAAGUAGACCUAAUCUGGUUCUUCGAGAUGCUCAGAAUGGACAAUGAUAAGUUAGGAGCACGGAUUUGUCCCCUCGUUUGUGUAUGUUGCCUGCUAGCCGCACUUGUAGUAAACGGAUUUGAUGUACCCAUGACAUUGCUUGAAGGUGCAGUAGACGAAGGAGCGGUCUGCUUGGAUGGGAGCCCUCCAGCUUAUCAUUUCUCUCCGGGUUUUGGCUCUGGGAUGAACAACUGGUUGGUUCACAUGGAGGGAGGAGGCUGGUGCACGAAUGUCCAAGAUUGUCUAGCUCGGAGAGACACUUUUAGAGGCUCCUCCAAGUAUAUGAAGCCUCUUUCCUUCUCUGGGAUCCUAGGCAAUAGCCAGAACUCAAACCCUGAUUUCUACAACUGGAAUAAGGUCAAGAUUCGCUACUGUGAUGGUUCAUCAUUUACAGGAGAUGUGGAUGAAGUAGAUCCUGCAACGAAGCUCUACUUUCGAGGAGCUAAGAUUUGGCUCGCUGUUAUUGAAGAGCUACUAGCAAAGGGGAUGAACAAGGCAGAAAACGCGCUUCUCUCCGGUUGUUCAGCAGGUGGCUUGGCAUCCAUACUGCAUUGUGACAAAUUUGGUGAUCUUCUACCAGCAGGUGCCACUGUUAAGUGCCUCUCCGAUGCUGGUUAUUUUAUUAAUGCGAAGGACAUAACUGGGACAGAAUCAAUCAAAGCCUACUAUAGUGAGGUUGUCAGCACCCAUGGAUCUGCAAAGAAUUUGCCGUCUUCCUGCACAUCAAGAAUGACUCCGAGUAUGUGCUUUUUCCCGCAAUAUGUGGUGCCGCAGAUGCGUACAUCCCUUUUUAUUCUGAAUGCAGCAUACGAUGCAUGGCAGAUCAAAAACAUUUUAGCACCGAGUGCUGCCGAUCCACACAAAACUUGGAAUGACUGCAAGCUCGACAUAAAGCAGUGUUCUUCGGAUCAACUUCAAAUCAUGCAAGGUUUCCGGUCAGAAUUUCUGAAUGCUCUGGCAGCACUCGGGAACUCAUCUGCAAGAGGCAUGUUCAUCAACUCAUGCUAUGCUCACUGCCAGUCCGGAAGUCAGGAUACGUGGUUAGCUGCUGAUUCUCCCGCGCUGGAUAAUAUUCCAAUUGGCAAAGCAGUGGGAGAUUGGUUUUAUGAUCGAAGCGCCUUCCGAAAAAUUGAUUGUCCAUAUCCAUGUGACUCAUCAUGCCGCAACCGUGUUUACGAUUGACAAUACAUGCUUUCUUCUUCAGUCUUGUAAGCCGUAUGCGACAAUUGUAAUCGGCCUUUUUAAGUGCGGCACUUGUUAUUUGACUAGUACAUGUAUUCAUGAAAGUUGAAAAAAAUAUGUUAAAACGGAAUAAUUUUUUUCC